AUGCAAGAGGCGAAGAAACUUCGUGAAGAUCUUCAGAAGUUGCUAGAAAGAGGAGGUUUCAAGCUGCACAAGUGGUGUGCGAAUAAUCCGAAGCUUUUGGAAGGGAUACCAGCCGAAAACCGUGAGAAACAGCUUUGCUUUAAGGAUAUCGACGUGAAUGGAGUGAUAAAGACGCUCGGGCUCUUGUGGGAUCCGGUGAGUGACGAGUUUCUUUUCCGUGUCACGAAGAUGGCGAUCACUUCAGGAGUUCCGACGAAGCGUCAAGUGUUGAGUGAGAUAGCGAAAUUAUUCGAUCCUCUCGGCAUUUUGAGUACGGUCGUGGUGCUGGCUAAGUUGGUGAUGCAGCAACUAUGGCAAAACAAGCUUGAUUGGGAUGAUGCGAUUCUCAGCGAAGAACUUGAAGUCUGGAGUAAGCUGAGAGCAGAAUUAAGUGAAAUUAAUAACAUGAAGAUUCCGAGAUGUGUUGCAGUAGAUCACCCGGUGGCAUUUGAGUUGCAUGGAUUCUCGGAUGCGUCUCAACGAGCCUACGGAUGCUGUAUAUAUCUGCGGAGCAUGAACGCCGAUGGAGUGGUUGGUGUGAAACUGAUCUGCGGAAAAUCGAGAGUUGCACCGUUGAAGGAGUUAGAUCGAGUGGGAAAAGAAGAAGCCUCACCAUCGGAGAUGACAAUCCCGAGAUUGGAAUUGUGUGCAGCAGUUUUGUUGGCAGAACAAUUGAAAACAGUGCGCGAAGCCUUAGAACUAGACGUUCAACGUAUAGUUCUGAGGUCCGAUUCGAAAAUAGUGUUGUGUUGGUUGAAGAAACUGAACUCUUGUCUGCCGGUGUUUGUGCGUAAUCGAGUUGUGAAGAUUCUGGAACUUACCCCAGACACCGAAUGGAUGCACGUUGGUACGAAAGACAAUCCUGCGGACCUCGUGUCCAGGGGUGUUCAACCAAUGGAACUAAUGAAAAUUGAACUAUGGUGGAACGGUCCUGUGUUCUUGCAAUCCGAGGAAGAAGACAAUGACGAUUAUGUGACUAGUGUUUUCGCUGAGGCCACAGUAGCCGUAGUGGCACAAUACAGUCGACUAUAUGAUGUGAUUCAGAGCUGUAGUGAUUAUCGUAGGAUGCAGAGAGUAUUCGGGUAUGUGACUCGAUUUAUUCACAACUGCAGUGUGAAACGGUCGGGCGUUGAGCGAAGAAGGGGCAAAUUGACCAGUGAUGAUCAUCGUGAUUCGUUGUUGGCAAUGGUUAAGAUCGUUCAACAAGUGAUCUACGAGGAGGAGAUUAAGGAUAUCGAGCGGGACAAACCGGUGAAAGGAAAACUUCGAAACCUGAAUCCCAUCUUUGACAAGCAUGAAAGAUUGCUUAGAGUCGGAGGUCGAAUUAGGCAUUCCGACUUGUCGAUGGACCAGAAGCAUCCUAUGAUCCUACCGGAAAAGAACCAUUUCACUGAUUUGGUGAUUGAGACGAUGUACCGAGAGCAAUUACAUAUCGGAUUGAACGGAUUGCUUGCGAAGGUUCGACAACAGUUUUAA